UUCGCACGAACAAUAUCGUGGAGAGAGAUCCAUCUAUUAUUAUAUCCCAAAACUCAAGACCUCUCUCUCUGUUCAGAGUUCAGACGCUAAAUCUCAGAUCCCAAAUCCCAUCAAAAGAUCCGAACAAUGUCUUCGACUUUCAGCGGCGAUGAAACUGCUCCCUUCUUCGGCUUCCUCGGCGCCGCUGCCGCUCUCGUCUUCUCCUGUAUGGGAGCAGCCUAUGGAACGGCGAAGAGUGGCGUCGGAGUGGCGUCGAUGGGAGUGAUGAGGCCGGAGCUUGUGAUGAAGUCGAUCGUGCCGGUGGUUAUGGCUGGUGUGCUUGGUAUUUACGGAUUGAUUAUUGCUGUGAUCAUCAGUACUGGGAUUAACCCCAAAACCAAGUCUUACUACCUAUUCGAUGGAUAUGCACAUCUCUCUUCCGGUCUCGCUUGUGGCCUCGCCGGACUCUCUGCCGGAAUGGCCAUCGGAAUCGUUGGCGAUGCCGGUGUCAGGGCUAAUGCACAGCAGCCAAAACUUUUUGUUGGAAUGAUCCUUAUUCUCAUUUUUGCUGAAGCUUUGGCCCUUUAUGGUCUCAUCGUCGGCAUUAUCUUGUCUUCUCGAGCUGGGCAGUCUAGAGCAGAGUAAAAAGGAGGAUAUGAUUUAUGUCCUUAGAAGGCUGUGGUAGAAAGUCAAUUUUUAUGAAGCACGUACGAGAAGCUAUUGAGGUUUGUUGUCGUUCUUCAUUCUGGCACUAUUAAGAGUCAUAAGGAAUAAGCUUAAUUAUGAAGCCAGUCACUGGUCUUUUCCCUUUAGCGAGUACUUUUGGGUUAUUAUAUAUCGUUUCUGAAUUAUGUACAACCCUUUUUCCCCCCUUUUGAGCUCUGAUCUGUACACCUAUGAUAUUUAUUUGAUUCCUACUUUAUUUUACUCAUUGCAUGAAUGCAUGGUGGUGUAUGAACCUGUUCAGUGUUACUAUAAUUAUGGAGAAAUAGAGAUCCUGGAUGGUCUUAGAAUAA